AGUUCCUUUGGCGUGCAGGGCAGCGGGUAUAAUGAUUCGGCUAUCAAGUCAGUAUGUAUUACUUUGGUAAUUUCUAUUUAUCUUACGUAUGUGCUUUAAUAAUUUAAAUAUCUUUUGGGGUCUAUUUUGCGGCACGCGGUGAACCGGUCCAAGGGUAUUUAAACUCGUGUUUUGUGUUCUUUUGUCAUUCGACAAGUUAGCCACUACGUAUCAGUUAGAUACACAGAUGAAUCUGUCCGAUUCAGAUAGUGAGCCAUCUCCACGUGGUAGCCCGGGGAAAAGUGUUCCUCAUGAGCCAAAAAGACGUCCGUCUAACAACAAUGAGGCUAGCCGCAACCGUUCGCAAACUUUGAAUGAAGACCUUACUAACGCAGAGGCAUUCCAAUUGUUUUCCCGCAAGUUAGACGUAGCUUUAGCAGAGAACAAAAAGCUGCUUUUGAAGGAGUUAGAAGCAAAAAAUUCAACUUGUGUAUCUAGAGAAAGUUCGGUUGAUUUUAAGUUGGAUCAUCACAAAGAAAGGUACAACUUCUUAACAGAUUUACAAAGUGACUUUGAAAGUAUUGAUAAAUUUAUUGACUUUGGUGAUAGUUUGAAUGCUAAAGAGAUAAUCAAAAAAGCUGUUUUUCGUAUUAACGACCAGAAAAAAGUUAUAAGAAUUGCAGAUAAGUACGGCUGGGAUGUGGCUAAAGAGUACAAAGAUGACCCAAUCACGGAGAGUACAGAGGAAAGUCAACGACUCCGGCAAGCAGAAGCCAGGGCUAAAAGGAAAAGGUUUGACAAAAGAAAUUAUAAUAAUCCUUUUCGUACAGAUAGCAGCAAAUUUUUCCAGCAAAGAUUUACUCCUUACACCAGGCAGUUUAGUUCAUACGGGAACUUCGGAGGAUCACAACCAAGCCCAUACAGAAUACAACCAGACCAAUGCCUGUAUUGCAAUGGGUUCGGGCACUGGAGUGUCAACUGUCCCCUCAAGAAAAAGAGCCAACCUUUCGCGAUCGGCAAGCCAACUUCAACACAAACCGGACCCUCCACAGAUAACCAAAGAACCUAAACUGGUAAAAGAUAUUUUGUCUUGUGAAAAAGAAAAUGUUAAUUUACAAACGGUUAAAGGGAGAUUAGUAAAAAACAUUUCUUUUUGGAAAGAACAAUUGCAUGCUGAACAAUAUAUAGUUGACACUAUUCAGUAUGGUUAUAGUAUUCCUUUUGAUUGUUUUCCAGAGACGAUUAUUUUGCAUAACAAUAAGUCUUCUCUUGAUCAUGAGGAAUUUGUAGACAACGAAAUAAGAAGUUUGUUAGGCAAUAAAGUCAUUGUAAGGUGUAGUACUGUUCCUUCUAUAGUUAAUCCUUUGUCAGUUUCUAUAAAUUCUCAUGGCAAGAAAAGACUUAUUUUGGAUCUUAGACAUGUUAACAAAUGCGUACGAAAAAAUAAAUUUAAGUUAGAGGGUGUUAGCAGCGCUAUCAAACUUUGCAAGAAAAAUGACUUUAUGUUCAAGUUUGAUCUUAAGAGCGGUUAUCAUCAUUUGGACAUAAAUCCAUUGCAUUUUCAAUUUUUGAGUUUUUGUUGGAAAAGUACCUAUUAUUCUUUCACGGUACUUCCUUUUGGUUUGAGCUCUGCUCCUUUUAUUUUUACACAGCUGCUCAAGCCUUUGUUGAAAUAUUGGAGAGCAAAAGGUCAUAAAAUUGUUGUUUAUUUAGAUGAUGGAUUUGGGUUAGCAAACGAUCUAGAAUCAUGUAAAGUUAUGUCUUCAGCUAUUAAAGCAGACUUAAUUUCAGCAGGUUUUUUGGUUAACGAGGAUAAGAGUAUUUGGACUCCCUGUCAAUCAAUGGAAUGGUUGGGGUUUUCUUGGGAUACUGUACAUGGUAUGCUUUUCAUACCUCAAUCUAAAAUUGAUAAAUUAUUAGGCAAAAUCAGGGAAGUUAUUUCAUCCGAGAAAAUUACUCCACGUGUUCUAGCUAGCAUAGCUGGAAACAUAAUUUCUUUCCAGCAAUCCUUAGGAAAUGUAUGUUCUAU